AUGGUUAUAGUUUUGCCGUCGCUCUCGCUCCCAUCCCACCGUAUCCUCUCCCUCACUACCCGCCUUCACCUCUCCUAUUCACCUCACAGUCACUCAGUCCCACACCGCGAUCUCCUCUUCCUUACUUCCCCGUCGUCGCCUCUCCCUCCUCCCCGUUGUCACCUCUCCCUCCUCCCCGUCGUCGCCUCUCCCUCCUCCCCGUCGUCGCCUCUCCCUCCUCCCCGUCGUCGCAUCUCCCUCCUCCCCGUCGUCGCCUCUCCCUCCUCCCCGCCGUCGCCUCUCCCUCCUCCCCGCCGUCGCCUCUCCCUCCUCCCCGCCGUCGCCUCUCCCUCCUCCCCGCCGUCGCCUCUCCCUCCUCCCCGCCGUCGCCUCUCCAUCCUCCCCGCCGUCGCCUCUCCAUCCUCCCCGCCGUCGCCUCUCCCUCCUCCCCGCCGUCGCCUCUCCCUCCUCCCCGUCGUUGCCUCUCCCUCCUCCCCGCCGUCGCCUCUCCCUCCUCCCCGCCGUCGCCUCUCCAUCCUCCCCGCCGUCGCCUCUCCCUCCUCCCCGCCGUCGCCUCUCCCUCCUCCCCGCCGUCGCCUCUCCAUCCUCCCCGCCGUCGCCUCUCCCUCCUCCCCGCCGUCGCCUCUCCCUCCUCCCCGCCGUCGCCUCUCCCUCCUCCCCGUCAUCGCCUCUCCCUCCUCCCCGCCAUCGCCUCUCCCUCCUCCCUGCCGUCGCCUCUCCCUCCUCCCCAUCGUCGCCUCUCCCUCCUCCCCGCCGUCGCCUCUCCCUCCUUCCCGACGUCGCCGCUCCAUCCUCCCCGCCGUCGCCGCUCCUUCCUCCCCGCCAUCGCCUCUCCCUCCUCCCCGCCGUCCCCUCUCCCUCCGCGCGGUUGCCUCUCCCUCCUCCCCGCCGUCGCCGCUCCCUCCUCCCCACCGUCGCCUCUCCCUCCUCCCCGCCGUCGCCUCUUCCUCCUCCCCGCCGUCGCCUCCGGCGACAGGUGCACGAGCGCAAGCGUGA